AACAUUUUACAUUUUUACUUUAUCUUAGAUUUUACUUUUUUAAUUUUUAUAAUACUUAUACAAUUUUUAACAGUUUUGAACUGUGAACUUGUGGAUUGUGGUACUUAUAUAAAUUAAAAACAAACGACUUCGUGCACGUUGUUUAACUGUAUAAGAAAAAAAGAUGAGUAAAAGAAAAGCGCCUAGUGAUUUUACAAAUCCAAACCAUGAUUUUUGUGAAUUUUUAAUGGGUUAGUCGAUUUCACAAAGUACUUAAAAAAUUUCUGUCUUGCAUUGAAAUAUUUUGAAGAGAUUUUUUUUUUCCAGAAUUAGCCGAUUACGAGAAAAAUGUUUCACGUAAUAUACAUAAAUACAAUGCUUAUCGGAAAGCAGCUAGUGCACUAGCUAAACAUGGUACACGUGUAAAAUCUGGAGAUGAAGCAAAAAAACUAGAUGGAAUUGGUGAUAAGAUAUCAAAAAAAAUUGAUGAAUUCUUAGACACAGGGAAAUUAAGAAAACUUGAUAAUGUAUAUUUUCUAUUUAAAUCAACUUUGAAUUAGCAUGUUAAAUGUUGUUUAAUGAUUUUAUAUUAUAUGUUGCAGAUAAGAAGUGAUGAAGGUUCAGUUGCUAUAAAAGAAUUAACUAGAGUCAGUGGUAUUGGGCCAGCUAAAGCAAAAGACUUGUAUGAUUCAGGUGUGACAAGUAUUGAAAUUUUAUUAAAAAAUCAAGACAAAUUAAAUCAUCAUCAAAAAUUAGGACUCAAGUACUUAUUAUUAAUUCAUUUGUAAUUAACACUUGUGUAAUAAUUUUUAUACCAUUCUAGAUAUUUAAUAGACUUUGAGCAAAAAAUACCAAGAAGUGAAAUUGUCGAAGUAGAACAAAUCAUCAAAAAAACGUUAAGCAACUUAGAUUCUAGUUAUAAAAUUACCAUUUGUGGUAGCUACAGGUUAGUCUUAAGUAUAACAAAAUCUAUCGAUUUACAUGUAUACACAGAUCGAAACAGUUGUACAUUUGAAAAUCAAAAUUUGGAGUUUGUAAUAAUAUACACUAUAAUGUCACACGUUAUCAGUUGUAGCAGUAGAAAUUUUGCUUUUCCAAGUUUUGUUAUGUUUCCCAUUUAUUAUAUGAAAACAUGAUUAUAAAUAGUAUAUAAUACUUAGUAUAUUGUAAUUUUAAAAUUAAGGCGUGGAAAAGACUUAAGUGGAGACAUUGAUACUUUAAUUUCUCACCCAACAUAUACAUCUAAGGAUUUAAAGAAAAAAAGUGACAAGUUACAAAUAAUCGUGGAUGUUUUAAAAAAUAAUAAUCUAAUCACUGAAACUAUUUCAUUAGGAGAAACAAAGUUUAUGGUAACUAUUUUUUGUUUAACAUAUUUUUUAGUUAAAGAUUAUCAUAAGGAUAUAAUAUUUGUAAUCUUUUAAAUAAUUGAGUAUUUAAACUUGUCUCUUUUAAUAUAGGUAGAAAUGUAAUACUAGGAUAUUAUGUAGCUUAACUUUCUAUUUUGUUAUACCUAAUUAAAAAUUGUGAAUAUAUUUGUAUGGGUUAUUAUAAUAAUGAUAAUAAAAAGUUUUUUUACUUAAUAAUAUUUUGUUUAUAACUUUAAUAUUUAAAUCAUUGCCUGGUUUAAUAUACUUUAUAAUAGACUUUAAAAAUGUAAAAAUAACAUUAACAAUUAAAUAUUAUUAAAAUAAAUCUUAAUUAUUGAAAAAUGUGAUAUUUAAAUUAGGGUGUAUGCAAAGUAAAUGAUCUAUCAAGACGAUUGGAUAUUCGCUUAAAUCCAUAUGAUCAAUUUUAUUGUGCUGUUCUGUAUUUUACUGGCAGUGAUUUGUUUAACAAACAAAUGAGAGAUCACGCUUUACAUCAAGGUUUUACACUUAAUGAAUAUACAUUACGACCAAUGGGUUCAACAGGUAAAAAUGUUAUAGAAUAAUUUAUCAACCAUAAUAAUAUGAACUAUACACAAUUAACAGUUAAUAGUAUAAUAAUUUUUGUGUUCCUAUGUUCUGUAUGAAAAUUAGGUAUACCAGGUGAACCUGUGGAGAUAACUAGCGAAGAAGAUAUAUUUGACUAUUUAGGUUAUCCUUACAAAAAGCCUGAAGAACGUAACUUGUAAGACUAUACUUCUAACCUGAUUUUUUUUCCUGUAGUCUAUUGCUUAGUUUGAUUAUUCAAUUUCUAUUAAUUAAUUAGUUGGUUAUAAAGAAACUCGAAUAUAAAUAGUUAUCAAUUUAUUAUUAUAUUGUAUUUCUUUUUUGUUUUUCUCUAAAUAUAUUGUUUAAUAUUAAAAUAUUUGUAUAGUAUGAGAUGCAUAUUGUAAUAAAUUAACAUAAGAGUUAUUUUACACAAAGUCAUGUUAUAUUGAAAAUUAUAUCUAUGAUUAGUUUUAAAUGUUCAAAAUAAUUAUAGAUUUAGUAAAACUAUUUAAAUAUAAUUCUAAUAUAUAAC